GCUAACGUGAAGUAACAUGAAGUGCUGUUUCUGUUUGCAGACUCAUGAAAUAAGUCAAUACUGUACAUGCAGUGUUUCAAAAUGAGCAGGCUACGUUCAGCGAUGACUAAAGGGAAGAGAGUCGGACUGGAGAUGGUGGAAACAGCAACUCCAAAGAGGAAGAGGUCAACGACAUAUGUGAAAGAAGAGGAAUCCACAGACCCCUCCUCUCCUCAGUCCACGUUCCACACGUUCCCUGACCCUGCAGAUGUUGAACGGCUGCGCUCUCAGCUGCUCCGCUGGUACGACCAGGAGCAGAGAGAGCUGCCCUGGAGGACUCUGGCGGUGACGGAGUCAGACCUCAACAUCAGGACAUAUGCAGUGUGGGUUUCAGAAAUCAUGCUGCAACAGACCCAAGUUGCUACAGUAAUAAACUACUACAACAAAUGGAUGAAGCGGUGGCCCACGGUGCAGGAUCUUGCAACUGCUACUCUAGAGGAAGUGAACCAGAUGUGGGCGGGUCUUGGCUACUACUCCAGAGGAAGACGACUGCAUGAAGGAGCUCAAAAGGUGGUGUCGGAGCUGAAGGGCCAGAUGCCUCGCACCGUGGACAGUCUGCUGAAGCAGCUUCCUGGAGUGGGGCGCUACACCGCUGCAGCCGUGGGCUCGAUAGCACUGGGUCAGGUAACCGGAGCAGUGGAUGGCAACUUGAUUCGGGUGCUGUGUCGCCUGCGGGCCGUCGGCGCUGACAGCACCAGUUCUGCAGUGACAGAGGCUCUCUGGAGUUUAGCAAAUACUCUGGUGGACCCUGAGAGGCCCGGGGACUUUAACCAGGCCAUGAUGGAGCUGGGGGCCCGAGUCUGCACCCCCAAGCGCCCGCUGUGCAGCCGGUGUCCCGUUCAGUCGCACUGCCACUCCUACCACAAGGUUCAUGUCAAACAAGAGAAGAACUCCAGGAAGCUGCAGGGGAAGCAGGACAGGAAGCCGGCCAGCCUGCCUGACAUAGAGGACUGUGCGAACAGCGGGACGUGUCCUCUCUGUCCCUCGGAGCCCUGGGACGAUGCGCUGGACGUUCAGAACUUCCCCAGGAAGCCGGCGAAGAAGCCGCCUCGAGUCGAGCGAACUCUGACCUGUGUGGUGAUCCGACCUGGAGAGGGGGGCGAGGACGAGUUCCUGCUCACACAGAGGCCCAACAAAGGUUUGCUUGCAGGUUUAUGGGAGUUUCCAAAUCUCCUGCUGGAGGAGAAGAGCUCUGAUCUGAAACAGAGGAGAGCGCUGUGUGCUCAGAUCAGCGGGAAACUGGGAACCCAUCUGACAGAAAACCUCCUCCAGUAUGUGGGAGAGGUGGUUCACAUCUUCUCCCACAUCCACCAGACAUACGUGGUCCACAGUGUGUGUUUGAAGGAUGCUGACACACACACUCACACUGAAAACGCUCGGUGGCUCAGCCGGUCCGCCCUGCAGGAAGCUGCUGUGUCCACAGGAGUGAAAAAGAUUGUAAAGCUUUAUGAUUCUGUGGACGGUCAAAAAGAACAAAACUCUAAGGAUGGGAAGAGGCAGAGGCACACCGGCACAAAGAAUGACAAGAAACCAAAUUCCUCCAAAAAAGCCAAAGUGAGCUCAGCUACCAGCGGCGGCAGACAGCUCUCUCUCAGCUCCUUCUUCAACAAGGUCAAAGAGGAGCCUUGAGGGGUUUGAGUGUCAAAGUCUUCCAUGGUGCCUUAUCAGGAAACAUGUGUCUUUUUAAUAUCAACGCAUCAGCACUACAGUGUGUUGCCAUAUU